CACAAGUGACGUCAAAUGAAACGGAAAUAGCAGACGGCGCAAUCGUCAUUUCACUCACGUUGUAAAACCAUCAUGGCGUCUUCCCGACAUCGCGAUACGGGCGCAAUGCGUUGAGAUUCCGGCGAUUACAACAAAGUUGCAAUUAAGUUAUAAAAUUGAAAAGUAGAAGUAAAAUCAUUCCCAAUUGACUGCAUCAAGCCGUGAGAUUACGUAACUGAUUCUUAACAAUUACAUCAUUUUGCAGAUUACAAAAUGCCUGUAGUACCUGGAGGAGCCUAUCAACAAGGACCAUCUUGCUUUGACAGAAUGAAAUUAGGCUUCACGAUUGGAUUUUGUGUGGGGAUGGCUUCUGGUGCGCUCUUUGGAGGAUUUACUGCUCUUAGAUAUGGACUAAGGGGGAGAGAAUUGUUAAACAACGUUGGUAAGGUGAUGCUUCAAGGUGGUGGUACAUUUGGCACAUUUAUGGCUAUUGGAACAGGAAUACGAUGCUAGUAUAUGGAUGGAGCUAUGUUACAGAGUAUCUUGCAGCCUGUUUUUUCAUUGAAACUGUUUGUAUUGUAAGCGCGAGUCACUAAGUCUUUAAUAAAGGUAGCAUUAAG